CCUAUAAAUGCCACGAGAGCAGCGAUUAUAUUCACAAUUCGGAAUCGGAAUAUAACACAACAUCAACAACUAGAAUAAACCUACACUGAACAUGAAGUUCUGUAAGAGCGCUAUUUGCUUAAUAAUAUUUGGUGUGCUGAACGGAUUUUCAAAGGCCGAACAACCGUAUACAGUGAAGAAUGAACGUUUCGAACAUUUCAAGGGUUUAAAGGAGACCGCCUUUGAUUUGAGCGAUAUGAAAAUUGUCGGACGUCAGCGUCUCAUCAAUGGCUCUGUGAUAUUUGCCGAAGACAUGACUAGUGAGCAUUUUAAAUUUCAAGUAGAACUCUUCUCAUCUCCACAAGGCGAUGAUCAAUACAAACAAUUGCCAAUGGGAGUGCCACGCACACCGAUCUGUGAGGGCCUCCGUGAUUUGUAUACGAAAGUGUUGCAACCGUCAUUUAUUGAAGGUGAAAAUACUAAUUUUCCUUUUGUACCCGAGGAGGGUUUGUGUCCCGCACCGAAGGGUGAAUAUUAUGUAAAAGAUUUGGAAUUGAAAACAGACUCUUGGCCAAAUCAAAUACCGCGUGGAAUAUUGAAAGCGAAGUUAACAUUUUUCAAAGACGAAGUCAAUGUUGGCGGCACUUCGUUGCUGGUAAGAGUUGAAGAUCGUGAGUGAGAAAGGCACGAGUUAGAGACAGAAAGAGAACGAACGUGCGAGCUCUUGUUAAUGAGAAGGAGCUCGUUUUGCUUAAAUCAGAAUUUUUGUUAUGCUUUGGAAAAUUCCUUGAUUUGGUAAUAAAUAAAUAUUUGCAAAAAAUUAGAA